GCAGAGUGGCUUCUUGUUGGUGCCCUGACAAAUCAACCACUAGAAUCGAGAAGCGAGCGUCCUCCGCCUCCGUCGAUGACCCGCCACGGCGAGCCCCCGUCGGAGCAGCCCUCCGCCACCACCGAGGAGCAGGCGUUGAUCCCCUGCUCCGGAGGCGGAGGGGCAGCCAUGCGCCUCAUCGUCCCCCUCCAAGGCAUCGUCCAGGGCCACGGCGGCGGCGGGCUGGUCCUCGGCUCCCUCCUCCCCUGCGUUCUCUUUUACGCCUUCCAGAUGUACCUGAAGCGGAGCCGCUCGCCGCCGUUGAAUCCCCCCUCUGACGUCCCCGAGCACCGCGGAGUCGUCCGCUCCUCCUCUCGCAGGCGUCUGCCCGUCCGCGAUGCUGUCCUCUCCGCCCGUGCCUCUUUGAUCGCCAAAUCCGCCGAUUCGUCUUAUGCUGCUGGGGACAAGAUGUUCUUGGAGGAUCCCUACCAUCUUUUCGAUAAUCCCGAUGGGGUUAUGCAGCUUGGGUUGGCGGAGAACCGUUUGUCGUUGGAUUUGAUUGACGACUGGCUUGCCAAAAAUUACAAGGAUACGAUGCUUGACCAACGGCAGGGCGCAUUGAGCAUUAAGGGAUUAGCUACCUACCAGCCCUUUGAUGGAUCUUUGGAAUUCAAGACGGCCAUUGCUGGACUCAUGGGGCAAGUGAUGCAAGGGUCAGUCUCGUUUGAUCCGUCACGCAUUGUUUUGACUUCAGGUGCAACUCCUGCAAUUGAGAUUCUCAGCUUCUGCCUAGCAGAUAUUGGAAAUGCAUUUCUUGUUCCUUCACCAUAUCAUCCAGGGUAUGAUAGAAAUAUAAGGUGGCGAGCAGGCAUAGAGUUGAUACCUGUCCCAUGUCGAAGCACCGAUAACUUUAGCAUAAGCGUUGCCUCACUUGAAAGAGCAUACACUCGGGCAAAAAAUCGAAGUGUAAAAGUGUGUGGAAUUCUUUUCUCAAACCCCUCAAACCCAGUGGGCAACUUGCUUCGUACAGAAACACUGCUUGACAUUAUUGAUUUUGCUACAGAGAAGAACAUACAUGUCAUAGCUGAUGAAACUUUUGCUGGCUCAAUUCACGGAAAUGAGGUGUUUGUGAGCAUGGCAGAGGUUUUAAACACAGAUGGUGUUGAUAGAACUAGGGUUCAUAUUGUUUAUUCCUUAUCUAAAGUUUUUUGUAUUCCUGGCGUCAGGGUUGGCAUUGUAUACUCCUUCAAUGAAUGCGUACUUGCAGCAGCCUCCAGAUUAUCUAGGUUCUCCAUUUCUGCUCCAACCCAUCAAUUACUUAUCUCAAUGCUCACAGAUGUCAAGUUCAUUGCACAGUACCUCAAGAUGAACAGAGAGAGACUUCGAAUAAUGUAUGCAUUGUUGGUCAGCAGCCUGAUGGAGUUAGGUGUUCAGUGUGUCAAAAGCAUUGGUGGUUUUUACUGUUGGAUGGAUAUGAGCAAGCUCAUGAAAUCAUACAGCGAGAAAGGAGAGUUUGAACUUUGGAAGGUUAUGCUUGAUUUGGCUAAAAUUCACUUAACAUCUGGAACAGCAUACCAUUGCAUUGAACCUGGAUGGUUUCGUUUAUGUUUCACAACAUUGUCUCGGAAUGAUGUCCCUCUACUUAUGGAACGCUUAAAGAGAGUAAUCCAUAGGCAAUAAGUUUAUUGAAGCUGAAAGCUAAUAAUUUUCUGUGUUGGAUAAGUACGAGGCUUAAACAUACAUAAAUGUUUUUGAUGCAAGGGAAAUCCAAAAGCAAGUCUAUCUUGACGCCCUUUCCAGCAGCCACUUUUGAUUUUGUUAGUGUAGAUACUGUUCAAUUCUUCAAUGUUUCUUGCGGUAUAUGUGGUUUAUAUUAGGAGCACCACAUAUCUUGUGAAGAUUACCGCAGUGAUACUAUGAUGAAUUUUUACUUACCAGCUUCUGAUAUUAUGCCCUUGUUUUGUUGCUAUUGCGGAUGAAUGGGAAGCAUAGGAGCAUGCUCUUUGAGUGUUCCUGUAAUGAAUAAACUGGUUUAGAAUGGAGAACCAUGAGAGUUUAUGGUUUUGUAAUCUACACAAACCUUUAUGUGGAAGUAAAGAUUGUUCUGUUAGUCGUAGCAAUUUCUUGUAGACAACAGUGCGUUUGAAUACAAUAUAUUUUCUAGCUCUCGAAAUAUUACCUAGUCGAAUGCACUAUAUUUAUGUAGCUAAAGUGAUAAAGCAAAGUAGGUUACCAUUCUAACGUCAGUUUGUUUGCCUCUAUAACUCAAUUUCCGACUCAGCAUCAUGAGUUCCUCGAGCGUAAAUGUUUUUGCAAUGGCAGUGUGUUCGUGGUUGAAUUUCUUUAACAGAAAUGGUUCUGCGCAGGCAGUCACUGAAGAUGGAGUAUGAUCUUUGCCAUGGUUGUUGAGAAAGCUAGUAUCAGCUAAAGAAACUGGGAAUAGGUACUUAACAGUCGAGGUGUCCUUGCUAAUUUCUGCUUCUGCGCCGCUUGAAAUGCUAUGAUCAUCUGUUUCUGAUGCAGUGUGAAAGUUUUCAUUCCAGUAGGAGCCAUCCUCACUGAAACUUUCCCAAGCAGCUGCCAUGAUGUCGAAAAAUUGAGUUGCUUCCAUGCCAGGGACUUCAUCACUUAACCCAAAAGUGAAGGCCUCAAGAUCUGAUGCAACAAUUUCACCUUCCUCCACUUCGAAAGGAUUCAGAUAGGAUUUGUUCUUCUCAUCGACGAAAGGGUUCACAUAGUGAUCUGGCACAGGAAGAGGAUUCGUUACAUUAGAAGUGGUUGAAUUUGGCACUACCUGAGCCGGUUCCGGAUGGAGUAUCGGCUUCCCGGGCUUCUCCUCCCAUUCAAAUGGCACAGAAACCACAAGCUUGGCAGGGGAUGGAAGCAAGGCAAUGGGGGCUGUCUCGAUGCUCCAGUCUUUCUUCAGCUUGCCUGGCAUCUCUUCCCAGAGAAAAGGAACAGAAAUCUGCUGCUUCUCUCGUCGCGGAUGAACACAGGACUCAAAGAACUCAUUCGACUCCAUCGUGGCUGGUGUUGUGAAUUGUCUGUGUUGCUUGGUGCCAUGGGCAGAGGCAGGUAUAUCUAGGACUGGAUUUGUUGGUUUGACAGAACUGUUCCUUUAUCAAUUUGUUCUUGUUCAACUGUACCAAUUGUGGAACUCUCCUUCUAAUUCUUAACUGCGUCAACUA